UGAAACAGGGCUGUACUGUUUUCUCCAGGAUCCAAAGAUCUCCUGGCCUUCAACUGGAUAGUAAAAACUAAUGAGGAGAACUUGAGCUGGAGGACCCAAGUGUAGCGCAACUGUGGAGAAGUUUCAGCUGAAAAGGGAUGUUUAGACUAUCAGAGAAGGAAAGCUGCAGAGAAGUGGUGCAGAGGAUCUGUAGGCAGACACAAAUGCUCGUUUUCAUAGAUAAGCAUCUUCAUCUUGCUCACCUUUCUAUCAGUGUCCUCAUACCUGUUGUUUCUUCUCAAAGAACUCAAGACUUUCCCACAUCUGUCUAGUGUCUCAUGCGUUCUGUCUUAGCAAAGCAAAAUCUGACAGUAAGAAAUCAUGUGUUCUUGAAUACCUUGGAGUUUUAAGAUACAAAAGGACGAGUUUUUUAAUAAUUCUAUUUACCACAUUAUAGGCACUGUUAAAAGUUUUCACCAGACAAACUCAGGGUAGAAGGCUUGACAUAUUAAAUAUAUACAAUUCCCAAAAAGAGUUCAGGGCCAAGCCGGUGUAGCUAUUCUGGUUGCAUGGAGAAAUCUGAACUCUUCGAGUUACAAGUCACUGGAGGGAAAUGGAAAGUUAUUUAUUCCUUCUCCUUCCCCUUCCCAGUACAGUUAUGGGGAGCUGAAAUCAGUAAGGUCUCAGCAAAACUCACAACCAUUUCCUGGUGAGGGGGAAGUGAGGGCUGCACAACAGUGACAGGAGGAACUAUCCUGCUGUCCUUCAUCCCUGGGACAACAUCGGUACUACCAAAAAAGGGACAAUGUGGGAUCCCGCAGCCAGGGAACACAGGCCGACUCAUGUUCACACUGCUUAGGAAGAAGCUGGUAGAAGUGGUCCAGAACAGGGACCAGAAAUGCAGGGGAUUGUUUCCUGGAACCUGAGCUCGCUCCAUGGUCUUGGGUUCAGCCAUACUGGGCUGCUGCAGGACUUGGUUCAAAAUUAGAAAGUAGUGUGGCCCAAUAAAAGAUUUGCAGAGAGAAAAAUUCCUGAUAAAACAUCAUCUAUGCUACCACAUUUUGCUGCCUUAUUGGGGAUUUGCUCUAAUUUGAGCCUGUGAACUGAACACUUACUAGUGGUAACAGCAGAUCUUCCCUUUCACCCCCAAAGAACUCCGUGCACUUUCUGGAGCUAAACCACAUGGAGGACAAUGUAUAAUAAAUAUAUUUAUUUCCACCUGCAGCAAACAUUUUCUUGUUGUUCAGGUGAUGAUCAGCAAUCUCAAGGCAGAGAAAGAGCAAAUCUUGCCCUCUGUACCAUAAACAUUACUCCAGACAUUACACAAAAUGCUCUAUAAAAGUCCUUGGAAGAUUUUAAUCUUAUAGUGCAUGUCAUACCGUUUUAUUGAGUAUUUAAUCUCUUUGGAAACCUUAGCUAGCGAUUCAAAAUUCUAUUAGUCAACUGGAUAUGUACUACUGAUGGGUCUCAUUUAUGGAUUUUCAAGUACACUUUAAAGGUCAAACAAGUAAUUUUAAUCAGUUAUGUGGGGUUUUUUGACAUCUGAUAAGUACUGAAUGUGCCACAGCACCUGGAAAGCAGAUUUGCUAUAUUUACCAUUACAUAUUUGGAUUGGGUGCAGGGAUAGUGCUCUGCCCACGCUCAUUUCACUCUCCAUCAUCAAAUUACUGGCACUGAUCCACCAGUGCAUCUACAGGAGAGCACUGUCAUUGCAGCACUUCAGAUCUGAGUCGCAGCUUGGACAGGGGCCCAGGACCUUGUCUUGUGGCUGCUGGUUAAAAGAGUAGUAGCUCAUCACAGUGGUGUUGUCCUUGGCUCAGAGCAUUCCUGGCUACUUAAUCCAUACUGCUUUCUCCUGGGCUGCCAGGCUAGUAACCAUAUGGAAAUUAGUCUGGUGUGGUUGUUCUGAAUUCUUGUGUGCAGGUCACUCAUGCCAUGGUGGUGGAGAUCACAAGGUGGCAAGUGACUGUCCUCACUUUACUGUCUGCAGAACUGAAAGCAAAGAAAGUGAGAAUAUUUUCAACAGUAUCAGUCAUGGACUGGGAGCAAGGCUUGAGCUUGGGUCCUGUGUCAUCAGCUUCUAUCAGGUGAACAAAAGGGCUGGCUGCAGUACUUAUGGGAGCAGCAGUACCUAUGGGGAUGAGCAGAAAGGCUGACCAGCCCCAGAAUAAACAGAGGAGAUCUUCAGCUUAGGGAAAAAAGACAGUCAAAUUGGAUCUGACAGAAGCCCAGAGAUUCAUCUAUCAUGUGGAAAAACUGAACUUGGGAGAAUUGUUGUGCAUGUAAUGAAGUGAUUAGAGAGUUGGAAUAAACAGACGAAAGUGCUUUGUUUGGUGUUUUUCCACUGCAUUUUUGGAACACUUUAGGGUAGGAUAGACAAGACUCAAAAAGGGAGGACAUCCACUCAUAGAAGACCAGUGAUGCAAUAGUUCAGCUCCAGCAGCUGGCAGGAGAAGCCCACAGGUCCCAGCUUGCUGAGAGUUGAGUGGCACACUUGGGGAGAAGUUGCUGUUGGCACAUGCUGCUCUUGCACACUUCCCUGAUUGGAAACCUGAGGAGCUCUUCAUCAAGACUCCAGCAGCAGCUCAGUUGCUCUUCAGUGUGGGCAGCAGUCAGGGGAACUCAUGGGCCCCCAGGACACAGGCAGCUGUUAGUAAGGAAGGAGUUGGUUUUAGCUCUGACAACACUUUAGCUGGGAUGCAGCUCUCACCAUAGAAAAUUCAAGAGAAAAAAACAGGAUUUCACAGCCCGUUCAGACUGUAUUCAGAUUUGUCCAGUCAUUUUUCAUUUCCACAGCACAGUUUCUUAAGAAGAUCUGGAAGGUGGAGGAUUAGAACAAUUAACAGUUUACAGAAACUCAGCUCUGUUUUGCUGUUUUUGUGAGAACAAAGUUCGUAGUGCUGUUUUAUGGUGCCACCUUGCUUUUAUACUCCAUGCUUUGUUAAACAUGGUAAUGAGCUCAGCGCUGUGUAGUGCACUUAGUGCUGUGCAGAAAAUAAAGGUAUUUCCUGCCCACACUUCAGAAGAGUUGCUGUGAUGGUAAAGUCUCUUUCAAGUGUAGGGCUCCUAGCCUAAACAGUAUGUACACUGGGCUGGUCUGUCAGAAAGCUCUGCAUUGCAAAUGUAAAUUUAUCUUUAUAAGAAUGACAAGCUCCUGUUCAAAGCACGGUGUUUUAUAAAGCAUUUCACUGAGGCAGUAGGUUUUACCAUGUUCCCCUCCUGGAACAGAAAGGAGUUUUGUAUUACAUUAAUCAGCAUCUAAGCCCUGAAGGUCACAAUUAUCUGGCCACUAUUUUUCAGUAUUAGUGAUUUUAGUACAUGAUUAACUUUCAUGUGUGCAUCAUUAAGAUGAGGAAUUGUUUUUGAAGUUUCAAAUAGAGCAGUAGGUCUUAGCUGUAGUAUUUGCCAUACUUGCCCAGCCACUCUUAGAAGGGAUGAUUUAUAGAAAAUCCAGCUGUGAGUUUUCGUUUCUUCAAGAGCAGGAGGCGGGACUAGGAACAACCUAAAACCAAGCGGAGCAUUGAUCAGAGUAGAAAUUAUGUAGAGCACAGCUCUGCAGACAACAGCUAAGCAUCGUGGAAGUAUUAGCUGGCAGCGAUAAGGAGGCGGAAACAGAGCUCAGUGACAGAGGAGCCAUCUGUCAGGAACUGGGAAUCUGAUCUCAAGAGAGCAGAAAAUGAAGUAAAGAAGAAAGUGAUUUCGGUUCAGAGGUGCAGUGAAGCCCAAGGAUAUCUGUGGACAAAAUUGAAGCAAAGGAAGCGUGUGACUGGUUACGUGCAGCUGGAUUUCCCCAAUAUGCUCAAUUCUAUGAGGACUCCCAGUUUCCCAUUGACAUUGCUGCAGUAAAGAAAGAUCAUGAUUUUCUUGACAAGGACCUUGUAGAACCUCUUUGCAGACGACUGAACACACUGAACAAGUGCGCCUCAAUGAAACUCGAUGUGAACUUCCAAAGAAAAAAGAGUGAAGAUUCAGAUGAAGAAGAUCUCUGUGCUAUCAGUAAUAAAUGGACUUUUCAAAGAACCAGCAAAAGAUGGUCUCGGGUGGACGACAUUGACACUCUGCUUCACCGAUCCGACAGACAUGGCUCUUCUGGGGACAUUAAAAUGAAAAACACGACAAGCAGUGAGAGCGUCCUUACAGAUCUGAGUGAACCUGAGCUCUCAUCAAUUCACAGCGAGAGCAGUGGGGGCAGUGACAACAGGAGCCAAUCUGGCACCACCAGCGCUGCCAGGGAGGCCUGUGACUGCUCUGCCCAUCAUGAUGUGGAAAGCACCCUGGUGCAGGACUCUGCUGCAAUAAUCACCGCCCCAUCCCCCAAGGACGGCCUGAAGAAUGAAAAUCCAACACGAGCCAGAGCAAAAACCUUUCUAAAACGCAUGGAGACACUAAAAGCAAAAGCUGUGCAUGGAAAACUAAAAGGCUCGGGAAGAACAGGUCCUUUAGAGAUCAGUGGACCAGUUCUCCAGUUUGAGCCAAAAUCCUUGAAAGACAUGCACUGUGUACAGAUUGUCAAUGGCGAUCUUCAAAAUCUGGGGCAAGAUUCAGUCAAAAGAGGGCUUCCCUUUUCUGCCAAAUCCAGCAGUGACAGCAGUCAGUCCGAAAACAGCAGCAGUGGAGUGAGCACGCCAUGUCUGAAGGAACACAAGUGCCAUGAAGCAAACAAGAGAGGUGGGAUGUACCUGGAGGACCUGGAUGUUCUGGCAGGAACGGCCUUACGGCAAGUGGUGGACCAAAACCGCAAAAAUGAAUUUCAUUCCCAGGAGAACUUGGUUGUGCACAUUCCCAAGGAUCACAAACCGGGGACCUUCCCAAAGGCACUUUCUAUCGAAAGCCUCUCACCUACAGACAAUAGUAACAGUGUAAACUGGAGGACGGGCAGCAUCUCUUUGGGAAAGCAGAACUGCUCUACUCCAAAGGAAUCUGGACUGAUGGCUUGCUGUCCUAAAGAGAGCAGAAUUAGUAUUUAUGACAAUGUGCCAGGUUCCCACUUGUAUGCUAGUACUGGGGACCUCCUGGACAUAGAGAAAGAUGUCCUUUUUCCUCAGUUAGAUGACAUUUUGCAACAUGUCAAUGGACUGCAGGAGGUGGUAGAUGGCUGGUCAAAGAAGCUGUUGCCAGGUCUGCCGGUUGGUGACGUGUCGGUCAGGGAAUCCCCAUCAUUGCCUUUCCAGUCGCCUACACAGAUCACUCUCGAUUUUGAAGGAAACUCUGUGUCCGAUGGCCGAACCACCCCAAGUGACAUGGACAGAGAUGGAACAUCCCUGAAUGAAUCCGAAGCCACUGGUGUUAGGGACAGGAGGGACUCUGGGGUGGGAGCAUCUCUCACAAGGCCAAGCAGGCAAUUACGAUGGCAAAGUUUCCAAAUCUCUCAUCGCCUGAGCCGCUCCAUUGCGUCGCUUCACAUCAGCAACCAGUCAGCAGCCCAGCUGAAUCUACUACAAAAAUUCUCUCUGCUUCGUCUCACUGCCAUCAUGGAAAAGUACUCCAUGUCAAACAAACAUGGCUGGACCUGGUCUGUGCCAAAGUUCAUGAAGAGGAUGAAAGUCCCUGACUACAAGGACAAGAACGUCUUUGGUGUGCCCCUGAUAGUUCACGUUCAGAGAACGGGGCAGCCUCUUCCCCAGAGCAUACAACAAGCCCUGCGCUACCUACGGAGCAACUGUCUAGACCAGGUGGGUCUGUUUCGGAAAUCUGGAGUGAAAUCCCGAAUCCAGGCCCUGCGUCAGAUGAACGAGAGCUCCCCAGAAAACGUCAGCUAUGAAGACCAGUCCGCAUACGAUGUGGCUGACAUGGUCAAGCAAUUCUUCAGAGACUUGCCAGAACCUCUCCUCACAAGUAAACUAGGAGAGACUUUUCUGCACAUCUAUCAAUACGUGCCCAAGGAGCAGCGGCUGCAGGCGGUGCAGGCAGCAAUCAUGCUCAUGGCCGACGAGAACAGGGAGGUUCUGCAGACUCUGCUCUGCUUCCUCAGCGACGUCACCUCCGUGGAGGAAAAUCAGAUGACUCCCAUGAACAUCGCUGUUUGUCUGGCCCCUUCCCUCUUCCAUCUCAAUAUAGUGAAGAAAGAAAGCUCACCAAGAGUAAUACAGAAAAAAUAUGCAACAGGGAAGCCAGAUCAGAAGGACCUCAGUGAAAACCUGGCAGCUACUCAGGGACUUGCUCACAUGAUAAUGGAAUGCAACAAACUUUUUGAGGUCCCACAUGAGAUGAUCACCCAAUCCCGAAACUCCUAUGUCGAUGCAGAAGUGCAUUCUCCUACCCUGGAUGAGCUUGGGAAACAAGUGGAUGAGGAAGGAGGGAACUAUCAGAUGUACCUGGAAACUCUCAUGCAGAAUCUCCAGAAAGAAGCAAAAGAGAAAUUCAAAGGAUGGGUCACAUGUUCCAGUGUAGAGAACACAGAACUCGCCUACAAAAAGGUUGGGGAUGGGAACCCACUAAGGCUUUGGAAAGCCUCAGUUGAAGUUGAAGCCCCUCCAUCAGUUGUCCUGAACCGGGUGCUGAGAGAACGUCACCUUUGGGACGAGGAUUUCUUGCAGUGGAAGGUGGUUGAGAGCCUGGACAAGCAGACGGAAGUUUACCAGUAUGUUUUGAACACCAUGGCUCCUCACCCUGUCCGAGACUUUGUUGUUCUCAGGACGUGGAGGACGGAUUUGCCCAAGGGGAUGUGCAUGCUGGUUGCCAUCUCUGUGGAGCAUGAAGAGGCUCCUCUCAUGGGAGCUGUGCGAGCCAUCGUGAUGGACUCCCAGUACUUGAUAGAGCCCUGCGGCUCGGGGAAAGCCAGGCUGACCCACAUCUGCAGGAUUGACCUAAAAGGACAUUCCCCAGAGUGGUACAACAAAGGCUUUGGACAUCUGUGUGCAGCAGAAGUUGCCAGGAUCAGAAACUCAUUUCAACCUCUGAUUGCUGAGGGACCAGAAACAAAAAUCUGAUUAAGUGUUCCUGGGAGCAUGUGAGCAUAAAUCAGGGUCUGGCAGAGAACAGGAAUACUGAAAGCAAAGGUCUGAUUUAAGCUGAUUUAAAUCUGACCAGACCUGGGUUACAAAGCUGAAAAAGGAAUUUUAUAGGAAAGUUCUUUUAUUCUGGAGACUUCACCUUCCCCCCUCCCCCACAUCCACUCUGUAUUAAUUUUGAUCAUUGAACUAAACAUUUCUUCAGAGAGCUUUUAUUACUUUAAAAACAGAUUAUUGCCAUUACUUGUAUGUUACAUAACUCUGGUAUUUAAAGGCUUCUAAGAAGCAUAUUUUAAUUGUAAAUAAAUAAUGUACAGUAUGUAUAUAUUUAUCUAUAUUCUAUCUAUAUAUAUAUAUGUAUAUGUAUAAAUUAAUUAUUUUGUAUAUAACUCAGUGCAAAUCACUUGCAUCAGUCGGAACUUAAGUGGACUUGUCACUUAUUUCUUAGUGUGUCACUGCUACAUAAGCUGUGUUUGCUGUUAUCAGAGCUACCAGGCCUAAUUUGUGUGAUAAAAAAUGCCUGUUCCCAAAUAUGUUUUGUGUUUGUGUGUGCUAUGAGAAGGUACCUAUAAAUAGAUGUAGGAAGAAUUACAGGAACUAAGGAAGAAGGAGGUUACAGUGCACUUAAAAACAAUGAGGAGGGAAUAAGUCUCCCCAAAUAAAAUACAUGGAGAUGCAUCUGAGUCAUUGUGGAGGCCAUUUAUGUUCAGCUGCAGAAUUGUGACUUUUAGUAGAAGGUGUUGAAAACUUACCUGUUGCCUUAAAUGACUGGUGUCUGUCAGUAGAGAACCUCACUGUGUGCAGUGUUCCAGGUAACAGCUCAUCCUUGGACAGCACAAAGUAAUGCUGUGUGUCCUGAGAUGGCUGAAAUCAGACUGGUAACUUAUUAAGCUGUAAAUUAAUUAUUUUUGUAAGCAUUUUUUCUAGGUUCUAAGUGUUUCUGUGUUCUUUCCUUCUCCCGUAGAGAUGGCUAAUCCAAAGCAGGUUUUCCACAUGCAGUGGAAACAAAGACAUGCAGAUGAACACCAUGCCUUUUAAUAUUCUUAGUAUACAAAUAACUAUGCUUUUUUAAAAUUUUAAACACAUCUUGGAGAUUUAAAAGACUAAAUAAAUGCUAUUCUUGGAAAGAUUGCUUUUAUAGUAACAGCAAGCAUUUUCAUCUUAUAUUGCACUGUUCUGCAUGAUUCCACCUCUGUAGGCAUUGAUGGGAACAGGAUUAGGACUAUGAGGAGUAGGAGCCAUUUAAGCCUAUUAUAUAAUUUCAUUUUCAGGGACCUAUUAUUUUGCUAAUGGAAGAAUGCUUUAAAAGUAGUAAUAAUAAUUUGUCAACAUUGCCUUUUAGGCAGGGUUCCAUUUUGUUUUUAACUAACCUACGACCAAAAUGUUAUUACAUCUAUGACUCAAUAACAAUGUACAAGCAUGAUAAUACUGUUCUUCAUUAAUCGUAUUUGUUCACUUAGAAUUCAUUUAUUGCUGCAUAAACCAGCAAAAUCACUCACAGCCGGUGUUUCAGCUCAGUCCUUCCAACAACAUCCAGAAAGAUUAGUAUGAGGUUGAUUAAGCAGGAUGCAUUUCCUAUCUGAAGCUACAGCUUUGUGCCCCGAUUCAAUGAAUGAGGGAGUCCCUUAAAAGCCAGAGAUUUGAACAUUCCCCAGGUGUGGGAGCUGUGCCACUGUGUUUGGUGACAGCUGCUAGAGCAUGACCCCACAUGCCAUCCUGCACACACAUGCUGGUAGGGGACAGCCUUGCGAGCUGAAGCAGCACACCUGUGGGAGCUCGGGGUGGACAAGGUGACCCAAGGUGACCCACAGUGCUCCAGCAUAUCCUUGUGAAGGAGCAGGACUCCAAAAAAGUCACUGUCAUCUUCACCCAUGAGCUGUGUCACUCAUGUUUUGUUGUGCAAGUCCUAGGAUCAGGGAUGUUGGCUGCCUGGGAGCUCCUGCCUCGAGUUUAUGGCCAACAAUAGUUGCAAUGUGCAACUUUCACGAACUUUAAGUCCUGCAGACAGGGGAGCACUCACAGGAUCCUUAUGUGGCUAUAGUGGGGUCUGGCAGUCACCCGCUGGCUGUAGGGCAUCACCACUGCCCAGGCUCAGCCUUCCCAGGAGCAAACAGUGCCUCCCCAGCUGGGAAUGCCAUUCCAGAAAGCAGCACCUUCUCCCAAAUGCCUGUGGCCAUGGCAGCAGAUUUCACGCCGGCUGUUUUCCAAAACAUGAGCAAUUAGAGUACUUCUGCUACAUUAGUUUACAUAAAUACAGCGGCGCCUCAGCAUUAACAGGCAGAGAAUUUUGAGCCCUGGGAAUGGCAGUGUCUGGCAAUAAAUAAUGAAUUAAGGAAAAUAAGGGAAAACCUGGACAGUGGUUUGUUUUAUCCUGUCUCACAAGUCAUUGCUCAGCUGGAAAAGGCCCCGUGCCCAUCUGCCACCCUUAGCAAGGUAGGGUUGUUUUCCGUGCAGAAGCUCUGUCAUGAGCUUCUGGCAUCUCCAAGCCAUGUAUUGUUGAAACAAGAUUUCUUCAAAAUGCACAUUAUGCCAUGUCUACCAUUCAACUACCACAGUAUUUUGUAUUGUUACAUUGAUACAUUAUGAUAAUUGCAUUUUUAAAUGUUAUACUCAUAUCAAUACCUCAUAUUUUUACCUCAUCAGUUGGUAUCAGUCAUUAGUUGUAAAUAAAUAAUUUCAGAGUUGAAUAAAUUUGCAUACACUAAA